AGCUGCGUUAGAGUCCGCUGUUCAAGUGGAACAACAUCUACAUAGUGAGAGGCGUGUGAGAUACCUCUCGACACUGUCAUUUCCGUACUUGCGCAGGCUUUGGAACUCGAAAACACAGUCAUGCACGGACUACUUGAGCUGUCCCUGCAGCUUCUCAACUUCAGGGGCCCUUUUAAUCCGCAAAAGCCUAUGCUUGGUGAACAUGCUGUUGUGAAGCCCACAUCAACAACCAAAUCAUCUGGUCUCCCUGACUACUUCAUCACAGACGAUGGUCACUUCGCAGGCCCUACACAAACUGGCGAUGCACCAUACCUUGCUCAGACCAACAUCGCUCCCUUCAUUGGAGUCUCUUAUAUCCCGAACGCGCCUCUGGAGACCCAGGUACCUAUUGCCAAUGCAGAGGGGCGAAACAUCUUCCAAAGUCUGGCCAACAUCAGUCCUUACUUCCCUAACCCGCGCGGCUUUGGUGUCGACGAGUAUGCAAUCCCACCCGGAUCCAAUGUUACCUGGUUGAACAUGGUACACCGCCACGGUAGUCGGUACCCUGAGUUCAGCGGUGAUGCAGCUGAGAUUACACUUGGAAGGAAACUCACAGCCGCCGCUGGAAAGUUCACAGGUCAUGGCGCAUUGGAUUUCCUCAACUACUGGAGAUGGCAACUUGGCGGCGAGAUCCUGGUCCCCAUGGGCAAGCAGGAGCUCUUCAACUCCGGCACUCUGCACUACUACCAGUAUGGUCAUCUCUACCCCAACAAUGGCAGCAAGAUCAUAGUCAGAAGUACCACGCAGCGCCGUAUGUACGAGUCUGCGGAGUACUUCAUGGCGGGCUUCUUUGGACUGGGUUGGGCACAGAAUGCGACUUUGGAGCUGGCGAUUGAAUAUCCGGGCUACAACAACACUCUCGCUGGAUACAAGCAGUGCAACCAUUCCAGCUGGAUCAUGGCUCGAGACGCACUCAUGGAUUGGGUCAACGUGUAUCUUGUUGAUGCACACAAGCGCUUCACAGACAAUAUCACUGGUGACCUCGACUGGACCAUUGCCGACACCUACAAUGCGCAAGCACUCUGCGCCUACGAGACCGUUGGUCUCGGGUUCUCCCACUGGUGCAGUCUAUUCACAUACGAAGAGUGGGAGGGCUAUGAGUACGCACUAGACAUUGCCUUCACGGCAGGAACCGCCUUCGCCUCACCAGUCGGUCGAGCUAUCGGCGUCGGCUACGUCCAGGAAGUGCUUGCACGCAUGCAACACCACGCCAUCGUCAACCAGAGUGCUCAGAUCAAUAUCACCCUUGACAACAACACAUCCACCUUCCCCGUCGAUCAGAACUUGAACCUCGACUUCAGCCACGACGCAAACAUCAUCAGCAUCCUCGUCGCCUUCGGUCUGACCCAGUUCGCCGAACACCUUCCCACCGACGCGAUCAAGAAGGACCGCGAGUUCAUACUGAGCUAUAUCGAGCCCUUCGCCGGCCGACUCGACAUCGAAGUCAUCAAAGCACCCGCGCCCGUUAACCCUGACCGACACUCCAAAGACAUCUACCUCGAUGGCGAGCCGACCAGCUACGUGCACUUCAUUCUCAAUCAACGCACGAUCCCUCUGGGUAGGAGCUUGAAGGCUUGUGGCGAUAGAGAUGAUGGGUGGUGCGAGAUGGAGACUUUCUUGAAGGAGCAGAAGGAGCAGAUUAAGUUGGCGGAUUACGAUUAUGCGUGCUUUGGGAAGUAUGAGAAUCCCAAGUAUGGGGAUGUGACGGAUGGAAGGCCGGUUAAGAAGUAGUAGGUCGAUACCAUUGGUAUGCUUGCAAGCUGAUUAAAUGUGAUUGGGGGCCACUUGGACGAUGUGCAGGUGUAAUGGAAGAUUAUAGAGUAGAGGUAUC